AUGUCCUUAUACCUAGCUCAAUAUCAGUUUUGGACACCAAAAAUACUUCAGAAUGAAGCUACACAAGCUCUAACAGCUUCUGAAGUCAAGGAUUUUUUCUUAAAUUGUCAAUCUGACUUUGCUUUCGUUUUUCAUAAGGUAAGUUGUUUCUUUUUUUAUUGUUUUAUAGUUUAGGAUGGUGAAUUGGUGUUUGGGAGAGACAUAUUUGGAAGAAGGUCGUUGAUAAUUUGUGGCAAUACGAAUUUAAAAGAAGGAGAGAUUGAAAUUCGUCAUGGAUUUAAUGGACAAGAUGUAGGUGGAUGUUUUAGAUCACAACUUAAUUAAUACUUUGUCUUAUUUGUCGUUUUAUGGUUUAAAAUAUUUGUAUGAAUCUUUUCUAGGUAGCAAAGUUAGAAAACGGGCAAACCAGAGCCGAAGAAGUGCCAGUUGGAACGAUUUUUCAUCUCAAGAACGUUCCGGAGCCUAAAAUAACAGAUACCUCUUUCAUUUUCUCUUAUAACUCAAAUACCUGGGAGAAUAUUACAACAGAAAUUUACACAUAUUAUCCAGUAAAUCCUCCGUAUUCUGAUGCAUAUAAUUUGCUAAACGCUAAUGUUACCCAUUUGGACUCAACGAGCUAUAUUAAGGUAGGUUCAGCUUUUAUUAGUGUAUUCUGGAUUUAGCCAAGUUGUGACUUUUCUGAUGGUGAUGGAGAUCGAGAUUUUGAAUCAGUAGCAAGAAAAUUGAUUGAUGAAAUGAAAAAGGCUACGGUUGAUAUAUUUCAACCGGAUUUGGUUAUUGUAAGUCGAGUUUUUAUAUUAACCUUGUGAUCAAGAUGGUUGUUGGUUUUUUUUGGUCUAUAACUUUUGAAUUUAGUUUGUUUUAAAUAAGGUUUUUGUUGAUGUGGAUACAACAAUGUUUUAAGAUUACUUUUAAGUUAAAUUUAUAUUGCGGUACAAUUCAAAUAGUAUGCUUCACCUCAUUUAGCCAGACCAUCACCUAUCAGGCCCAGUGAACAUGCCAGAACAAGUUUCCGUAUCGUUUUCUGGAGGUGUGGACAGUUUAUUUGUCACAGUAAUUGCAGCUACAGUCUUCCCAGAGGUUAAGCAGUUUAAUUUGAUCAAUACUUUGUUUGGAGACACGGAGGAAGAUCAAGAUAAAGCUCAUGAUAGGAAGAAAGGCCGAGAAGCGUUUGAAUGGCUUUGUGAAUAGUAAGUUCUGAGGUUUUUGUGGGUGGAAUAGGCAAGAUUAGAUGUUUUGAAGGUUAAUAAAAUUAGUUUUGAGUAUUUUAGAAUUGAAAAAAGGGUGUUUUAUGAUAAUAAGAUAACAGGAAAUCAUAAAAAAUAGAUUUUAUACACCAUUCAGACAGCUUAAAUUUAUAUUUUUUGACGUUUUACACCUUCAAGUGCUGUGGAAUCAGACUUUUUGAUGUCCUACACCUUAUAAACUCAAUCUUCCUUUCAGUUUCGGCCCAAAAUUUUCAAUGAUAGAAGUGAAUGUGCCUAGAGAAGACAUAGAAAAGCACAGAUCAACAAUACGAACUGUGAUGUACCCUAAAGAUACUGUUUUGGACGAGUCUUUGGCUUCUGUAGUUUGGUUUGGAUCCAGAGGAAAAGGCAAACAAGUGUUUUACAAGGAUCAUCAGGGCUUGGAAUUGUAAGUUUUUAUGGUUUUAGGUAUUUUAGGCACCAAUUUUUAUGUUUUGGGUACGAAUUUUGAUUUUUUAGGUAACAGUUGGGCUAAACAUUUGAUUUUAAGCUUGAUACUAUAAUAUAGCUUUAAGGUAGUAUGGUAAGGUUACUGUAACAUGAGAUGGUUUAUGGAAUGUAUCAUGGUCAAGGUACUGUAAUUUGUACUUCAGUACGAUACUUAGUACUAAAAACACAGUACUUUAGUACAAAAAUUACAGUACUCUUUUCAGCAAGCCAUCACCAUUUGCCUUUUGUGGUAGUGGAUCAGACGAGCUGCUUGGUGGAUAUGCGAGACACAGAACAUACUACGAGAAGGGAGGCUGGGAAUCCCUGCAUGAAGGGCUGGAAGCAGAAAUUUGCCGAAUCGGAGAACGAAACUUUGGCCGAGAUGACAGGAUUACCAUGUCAAACGGCGUCGCUUUGAUGUAAGUUUAUAUUUUGAAGGGAUUACUGUAAUUUUUUAUGUGUUAAGGAUUCGGAGAAUGACUCCUUUUAUUUUCAGCUAUUGAUACUGUAACAUUGUAAAGGAGUUAUUGUAGUACUUAUGAUAUUACCUAAACUAACUAUUAUAUCAUUGUAGAGCCCCAUUCAUGCACGAUUCCUUUGUCAAAUGGAUAACCGCCGUUCCAUUACCGUACCGUGUCGAUUUCCGUGAACCUCGAGGUAUUGGAGAGAAGAAGUUGUUGAGGGUGGCGAUGAGGCUACUUGGAUUACCUCCGCACCUCACCGACACACCCAAAAAAGCCAUGCAAUUCGGGUCGGGCUAUGUAAAACAACAUUCCAAGGGCAAAAACGGGGCUGAUAAGCUGGGGGUGAAUAUGGAUUAG